AUGCAGCGUUCUUCUUCUUCUUCUUCCAUGGCACUCGCAUGCGCUAUGGCAGUGCUGGUUCUCAUCUCCUCUUCCUUGGCGGCUCAAGCUGCGAGCGCACAGCCUGGAUAUCGUCCGCCACAAAGGCCUCCGCCUCCGUAUGCCCCACAGGGCCCAGGUUAUUCUAGGAAGUGCCCAGAGUGCAACUCCGGCGCCACCCCGCGGGCGCCCUCGGCACUGGCUCCCCACCGCAAGGCCAUGCAGGCCGCCCCGGACGUCGACAGUAAGACGCUUGCGCGUCACGCAACACCGACAUAUAUAUGA